AUGUCUGUAAUGAAUGGUUGGCGAUUUCAAUGUGCUAAUACAACUUGUUUACCAUUUAAUACGGUUCGUGUAUCAAACAUGCGUAACUGUCAAAUGACUUGUUUAGCUCAAAUUUUUUGUGAAGCAGCUAGUUUUUAUACAACAACUUCUAACUGUGAUUUAUUUGCUUACAUAUCGAGUCAAAUUGGCAGUAUGUCACCUGAUACGAAUACUAUCACUAUGAUCGUCAUAGCUGCAACGCGAAUACCAUCAGAGCCGACCACGACAUCAACCACAACAACUUCAUCAACCACUUCAUCAUCAUCGUCAACAUCGUCAACUUCAUCAACCACCUCAUCAUCAUCAUCAACAUCGUCAACUACUUCAUCAUCAUCAACAUCAUCCACGUCAAAAACAACAUCAACUACAACCAGUAAGUGAUCGAUCAGGACGGCAUGAUUAAAGAUGACAAUGGCAGAUAAAUAUGAUGCCGUCAGUUUUAUGUCAUGCUCAAUUAUUCAUCUACGUCUAUAUAAUGUCAAUUGAUCAUCUAUAAUAAAUAUAUACAAUGAUGCUCAGAAUUCAUCAUCCAUCUGGCACAUUGUGUUAUUUCUUUGAUAGCUUGGAAUAAUAUCAAAGAAGUAACAUUAUUUGCCAGAUUUAUGGUCAAUUUUGAGUGCCAUUGUGUGUCAAUAAAAUCUUUCACACAUUAUUUUUAUUAGGUACAACUGCGGCAACGGCCGUUAACGUUCUUCUGGCUGGUU